UGGCAGCCCCGGCCCCGCGGCCCGGCCCGCCCUUCCCGCCUCGCCGACAGCCAGGCCGGGCCUCAGGCGCGCAGCUCGCCGGCAGCCCCCCCCUUCCCCGCCGCCAUGGGCCAGAACGAUAUCAUGGGCACCGCUGAGGACUUCGCGGACCAGUUCCUGCGGGUGACCAAGCAGUACCUCCCUCACGUGGCCCGCCUGUGCCUCAUCAGCACCUUCCUGGAGGAUGGCAUCCGCAUGUGGUUCCAGUGGAGUGAGCAGAGGGAUUACAUUGAUGGCACGUGGAACUGUGGCUAUUUCCUGGCCUCCAUCUUUGUGUUCAUAAAUCUCCUCGGACAGCUGAGCGGCUGUAUCCUGGUGCUGAGUAGGAACUUUGUGCAAUAUGCCUGCUUUGGACUGUUUGGAAUUAUAGCAUUACAGACUAUUGCAUACAGCAUUCUAUGGGACCUGAAGUUCUUGAUGAGAAACCUUGCCCUGGGGGGAGGUUUGCUGCUGCUCUUGGCUGAGUCGCGCUCCGAGGGGAAGAGCAUGUUUGCUGGUGUCCCCACCAUGCGGGAGAGCUCCCCCAAGCAGUACAUGCAGCUGGGGGGCCGUGUGCUGCUGGUCCUCAUGUUCAUGACACUGCUACAUUUUGACAUGAACUUCUUUUCUAUUCUGCAGAACAUUGUGGGCACAGCCCUGAUAAUCCUAGUGGCAAUUGGCUUCAAGACUAAGCUGGCUGCCUUGACUCUAGUCAUCUGGCUGUUUGGCAUCAACAUCUACUUCAAUGCCUUCUGGACCGUCCCAGCCUACAAGCCCAUGCACGACUUCCUCAAAUACGACUUCUUCCAGACCAUGUCUGUCAUUGGGGGGCUGCUCCUCGUGGUUGCACUGGGCCCUGGUGGAGUCUCCAUGGAUGAGAAGAAAAAAGAGUGGUAACAGGAAUAGCAACACUUCUUGGGACAUAACAUAUUAAGUCCAGAACUGAUUCUCUAUGGAUUCAACAAAAAACUGCCAGCAUUUUACACGUACAUGCCCCCUUCCUCUUAAAGGCACAGAUGUUAUGAAUUUGAUUUACAGUGGCAACAGUAAUGUAAUAGAUAAACCCCUGUUUCUUCAAGGAAUGUUGCCUAGGCUUAAUCUAACUUCCUAGAUUUGGAACUAACCCAAGGAGCCUGCAUUUUGCUGAUGCUUCAGUGAGUUGCAGUAGAAGAGUUGCUGUCUUUCAUGGCAGCAAUGUUUUAAAAUUUGAAGUACUGUGAGCAGAUAGAGCUGAAUCAUGGAGUGGGCUGUUGGGUUUCAGCUAUAACUAAAAAAGUGGAUCCCCUUUCUCACCCUCAUCGAAGCUGUCUUGUGCAUAAGGAGUUCCACUGCUGGUUAUAGCAUUUCUUAUCAAGGUGGAAAGCAGCAGCAGCAAAAGAAAAAUCAUGUUCUUUUGCUACUUAAAAGGCCUGUAAUUCCAUUUUGUUUAACAAGAGGGGAGGUCUUUCCUGCCCCCCAAUAAAAGGCAAAAGAAAACCUGACAGUAGUUUUACCUGCAUCUAGCUAAGAAAAGGGAGAGGGUUUUCUAACAUGUCCCAGUUCUGCUUUUGAGGAGAACAAGGGAGAAUCCUGUUUUGCUAAUCAGGAAUCCUGUGUGGCUAAUCAGGUUUCAAGCAGGGGAGGUACUCCUGAAGAAAUCAUGUCAGAUUCUGUUAAAAUUCUGUGCCAAAAGAACUCCUUAUUCAGCAUUCUUUCCCCAAAGUCACCCCUCCUGAAUUCCCAAGAAGGGAGCCAAAUUGUGCUGUAGGUUCCACAAUAAAAGCUCCUUUCUGCUAUUAACCAGCUUCCAUUCAUUUAUGCCCCAAAUUCAUAUCUGAAUUGCAGGUUAUUGGUUAAAGUGUCUUGAGAAUUGCAGAAACUCCCCUUUUUCUCUGCACCCAGCACAUGCAGGAUGAGAACAGUCUGUCUCCUAAGCCGUAGCCUUUGCUUUUAGAUUCACUCUGCCAGUCUCAGCUGUGAAAGUCCCAGCUGACUGAAGAGUGGAGGAGCUGGGGUGUUGUCCUCCUGCUGCAGCCCCUUCCCUCUGCCAUCUCACACCACCCCUGAGGUGUGUGGGGAGGGAACAAGCCAGCUGUGUGCUGCCAGAGCCCCAGUUCUGCAUCCUCACACUUCUCCCUGCCAGUGGAGAAGCACCAGGGAUGUAACUUGUGUGCUCAGAGGGAGGAACUCCUUAGCACUGUGGUGAGGAGAGAGGAAGGCCCUGUUUUCACCUCUCAGUUGCCACAACCUCUGUGCCAUGAACAUGCUUAGUGCUGCUCAGAGGAGGCAUUUUGUCCUCUGCUAGUCAACUAGGUGAACCUGUUUCACUAGAUGAUACCAGAAUUCUAGAAAGCAUGAGCCCUACCAACUUGAUAAUGUUACGCUGAUUCCUUGCACUGUUGUCUCCCUUGAGAAAGCUGCUCAGCUGUUUGUUCAAGGAGUGAUUAACCCAGCUGAAGGUCUCCAGCAGGAGCUGCUCACCAGGGUAAGGACAAACGGUUGCAUUUUAGGAGAGAAAACCAGGCUGAAAGACCCAAUGACAGACAGAAGAGCACUGCUGAACGUUAAACCAGUGAUUUCAUCAUUUAAGGAGAAAAUAGCCUGUGUAACAGCCAGUGUGUUGCUGCUGAAGGAAACUAAUUGGUGCGUGGGGGUAGAGGGGAGGGGAAGCCAGCAUGCAAGGUCAGGCCUUGUAGAAAGCUUUGGAUUAGCUUGGUGAGAGUUCUCACCUGAGGUGUUCCUUGUGCUUGUCUCUUUGUAGCAAAACAAACUGGUGAUGGAUACACAGGAGGCUUUUCCUCACUCUCACUGCAGGUCCUAUGAUGGCUUUAGACUACAUCAAGGCAGCCAUCCUCAGAGAUCCUAACUGCUGUUGAUGUUCAUAGUAUUUAUAAAUGGAAUGAUAGAAAAAUUCUGUAAGUAGCCCUUUCUAAACUUUGUGUCCUGUCUAACUAAGGAGCUGGAUAAUGGACUAGUCUGAAAUACUGACCAGGUUCAUGAAGUCCCCUUUCCAGCAAGACACCCCAGAAAAGGAACUGAUACUGUCCCUUGCAGCAAAAAACUGUGCUAAAGGGGCACAGUUAGGGUGGGAGGGCAUUAGAAGAUAUUUCUAGGCAGCACAAUGUGCAGACUUACUAACUGUGAGUCCUGAAGAUUCUGGUUUCCUACAUAUACUGCUGUAUCCAUGCAUCUCCCAAAACCACAGUGACCUCUCCCUGUGGCCAAGAAGCUCUCACAAGCAGGACGUCAGCUCUCGAUUGGCUCUGCAAAGUGUUCUGGAAUUCAUUCUGAAUAUAUUUUUGCUUUCUAUGUGGGAAAAAAAAAAAGAACUAAGUAUAAAUUCUCAUUUUAUGCUGUAUUUUGUACCUUAGUUGUGUUUGAAAAUGUUUUGAUUUUUGGAAACAAUCAAAAUAAAACAAUGGCAUCUUUGUAUCCA